AUGUUGUUCCCAUUGCCUGUGUGUCUUUCUUUCUUUUCUCAAUAUAUUCAUUUUUCCGUCAGAUGUUGUUGCCAUUUCCUUUCUUUCUUUUUCUUUCUUUUCUUUCUUUCUUUCUUUCUUUCUUUCUUUCUUUCUUUCUUUCUUUCCCCCUUUCUUUCCCCUUUAGUUUUCCUUAUUUCCUUUUCUUUCUUUCAGAUGUUGUUCCCAUUGCCUGUGUCUUUCUUUCUUUCUCAAUAUAUUCAUUUUUCCGUCAGAUGUUGUUGCCAUUUCCUUUCUUUCUUUCUUUCUUUCCCCUUUAGGUGUUUCCUUAUUUCCUUUUUCUUUCUUUCAGAUGUUGUUCCCAUUGCCUGUGUGUCUUUCUUUCUUUCUCAAUAUAUUCAUUUUUCCGUCAGAUGUUGUUGCCAUUUCCUUUCUUUCUUUCUUUCUUUCUUUCUUUCUUUCUUUCUUUCUUUCUUUCUUUCUUUCCCCUUUAGGUGUUUCCUUAUUUCCUUUUUUUCUUUCUUUCAGAUGUUGUUUCCCAUUGCCUGUGUGUCUUUCUUUCUCAAUAUAUUCAUUUUUCCGUCAGAUGUUGUUGCCAUUUCCUUUCUUUCUUUCUUUCUUUCUUUCUUUCUUUCUUUCUUUCUUUCUUUCCCCUUUAGGUGUUUCCUUAUUUCCUUUUUCUUUCUUUCAGAUGUUGUUCCCAUUGCCUGUGUGUCUUUCUUUCUUUCUCAAUAUAUUCAUUUUUCCGUCAGAUGUUGUUGCCAUUUCCUUUCUUUCUUUCUUUCUUUCUUUCUUUCUUUCUUUCUUUCUUUCCCCUUUAGGUGUUUCCUUAUUUCCUUUUUCUUUCUUUCAGAUGUUGUUCCCAUUGCCUGUGUGUCUUUCUUUCUCAAUAUAUUCAUUUUUCCGUCAGAUGUUGUUGCCAUUUUCUUUCUUUCUUUCUUUCUUUCUUUCUUUCUUUCUUUCUUUCUUUCUUUCUUUCUUUCUCGGCAUCUGUCUUUCUCUCUUUCUUUAUCCGUCUGUUCAUUUCUUUCUUUCUUUCUUUCUUUCUUUCUUUCUUUCUUUCUUUCUUUCUUUCUUUCCCUUCGCUGUCUUUCUUUCUUUCUUUCUCGACAUAUUUAUUCUUUCUGA